AUGGCUUCCGUACCGACUAUUCGCAUUGGCUACGUGCCCGAGCACUAUCUGACUCCUCUACAUCUGGCCUUGCGCUCUCCGGCCGUAUCCUCUCUCCCAUACAAGAUCGCCCUGAUUCCGUUCCCAUCCGGCACGGGCCAUAUGAUCACAUCGCUGCGCGGCAAUGAAAUCGACAUCGCCAUUGGUUUGACCGAGGGUUGGGUUGCCGGUCUGACGGGAAAGACGCAGCCGCAGAACCCCGCUGAAGGAGGAUACAAGGUUGUUGGUCACUGGGUGGAUAACCCUCUUCGAUGGGCUAUUGUCACUGGUCGCAACCGGGACAAUAUCAAUGGCGUGCCAGAUCUGAAGGACCAACGAGUGGGCGUGAGUCGCCUCGGAAGCGGCUCCCAUAUCAUGUCCUUUGUCCUUGCCCAGCAACAGGGCUGGAAGCCAGACUCCUUGACUGCUGCCAUUCUAGGUCCCUUCGGCGCCCUGCGAAACGGCGUCACUGGACAAGACGAAGCAAACCCGGGCCAGGAAGCCAACCCAACCGCCGAAUUCUUCAUGUGGGAGCAUUUCACCACCAAACCGUUCUUCCACCCAACUACCGAUAAGCCCAACCCACCACUGAAGAAUAUCGGCGAGAUAUUCACCCCCUGGCCAUCAUGGAUGAUUGUCGCAUCAACCGCCAGGUUCCCAGACCCUCAGAAUGACCAGCGAUUGCAGCAACUCUUCCAGGCUUUGGAUCUGGGUAUUAAGCAGUUUGAGGCCGAUACUUCUCAAGUUGUGAAGCUCCUGGGCACUGGCGAGCUUGGCUGCACCUAUAUCGAGGAGGAUGCGACGGAGUGGCUGAAAGAUGUCAAGUUUACUAAUGCUACUCGUGGCGUUGAUCGCAAAGUCAUCGAGGGUGUUGUGGACGUUUUGAAGGUGGCAGGUGUCAUUGAUACUGCCUUGAGCAAUGAUGAGGCUAUCCAGCGUGUGAUUGGAAUUCCUCGGUAG